AUUAAAGUUGAAGAGGUUAGGAAAUAUAAAAGUUAAAGAAAGAAAAGAGAGUGAGAGGGAGAGCACAAAUGGAGUGGAAGAGAUGGUACUUGGACGUGAUUCUUGUGCCUUUGGCUCUUGUGAUGAUGCUUUGUUACCACAUCUACUUGUCCUUCAUGGUUCGAACCCAUCCCUUCUCCACCCUCCUCGGCAUCAACUCUCGCGGUCGUCGGAUCUGGAUUUGUUCUAUGAUCAAGGAGAAUCAGAAGAUGAACAUAUUGGCGGUACAAACACUGCGUAACAUAGUAAUGGGUGCGACACUAAUGGCUACGACAUGUGUGCUCCUCUGCGCAGGUCUAGCCGCAGUGUUAAGCAGCACUUACAGCAUCAAGAAGCCUCUAAACGACGCCGUUUUUGGCGCUCAUGGAGAUUUCGCGAUAACCAUCAAAUACCUAACGAUUCUCACGAUUUUCAUCUUCUCCUUCUUCUUCCACUCUCUCUCCAUACGUUUCCUAAACCAAGUCGCCAUUCUUGUUAACAUACCUAAUUUAGACACUAACCCUUCUUCUGGUUGCUUCUCCCUUACGUCUGAGCAUGUCAGUGAGAUGUUCGAAAAGGGUAUCUUUCUCAACACGGUAGGUAACAGGUUGUUCUACACAGGCUUUUCUUUGAUGCUAUGGAUCUUUGGUCCCAUCCUCGUGUUCUUUUGCGUUAUGGUGAUGGUUCUUGUUCUUUAUAACCUCGAUUUCGUGACAAGCAACAACAAUAAAGAGAAGCAACGUGUUGUUGAUUGCCGUCGAGCCAGCUCUGAUCUUAAUUCUUAAUGAUGGUGAUGAAUGAUGAUGCUGAUGAUGAUGAUGAUGCCACAUAUAUGAUUUUUUUUUCUUUUUUAAGGACGAUAAUGAUGUUAUAUUAUCCUCCGGAUUGUUAAUAAGUGCACUUGGAGAGUUUCGUUUCUCUUGUUGUGAUAUACGUUUCACAAACUUUUAUUUAUAUCCUUAAUUACCAAAUUCAUGUCAUACGUUUUGGAAAUAUAUUAUAUAUUACAUUUUGUAAACAGAAA